AUGGCUCAAGAAUUUGAGAUGAUGGAUAUCGGUCUCAUGGCCUACUAUCUUGGGAUAGAGGUAAAGCAAAUGGAGGACUACAUUUUCAUCUCACAAGAAGGAUAUGCGAAAGAAAUUCUAAAGAAAUUCAAUAUAGAGGACUGUAAGCACGUAUGCACCCCCGUCAAAUGCGGAAUCAAGUUGUCGAAGGAUGAUGAAGAUGAAAAAGUAAAUCCAACACUUUUUAAGAGUCUUGUUGGAAAUCUAAGAUAUUUGACGUGCACAAGACCAGAUAUCCUUUUUGGAGUUGGGCUUAUUAGUCGCUAUAUGGAGACACCUCCCAUGACCCAUAUGAAAACUGCAAAGAGAAUUCUUUUCUACAUCAAAGGUACGCUUGAUUAUGGCUUAGUCUAUUCAUCAUCUAAUGAGUUCAACCUUGUUGGAUAUAGUGACAGCGAUUGGGGCGGAGAUAGUGAUGAUAGAAAAAGUACGACUGGGUAUGUGUUUUACUUGGGCAACACAGCUUUCACUUGGAGCUCAAAGAAGCAAUCGAUCGAGAAUAAUCUGAGUUGUAAAGGACGAUGGUAUGAUGUUUCUGGAUUUACUGAAGAUUUAUCUACUCUCCUUAAAGGUUAA